CCUGGCCACUCUGAUGAAGGCGGUGCUAGUGGUGCCCCAGCAGCAGCAGGGCCUCGCCUUUGUGGGUGUAGAAAGAGAAGAUGGCUCCCGUUCUGGAGAAACAGCUCCCGGGUCCCGCCGGGUUGGGCGACAAUAACAAGGAAGACGAAGAAGGACAGAGUCUUUGGUCCUCAAUAUUGAGUGAAGUUUCAACUAGAUCGAGUUCAAAGUUGGCAUCAGGAAAAAAUAUCUUGGUUUUUGGUGAGGAUGGAUCUGGUAAAACAACACUCAUGGCCAAACUUCAAGGAGCCGAACACAACAAAAAGGGGAGGGGGCUGGAGUAUCUUUACCUAAGUGUCCAUGAUGAAGAUCGGGAUGAUCUGACCCGCUGUAAUGUGUGGAUCCUGGAUGGGGACCUGUACCACAAAGGCCUUCUUAAGUUUGCUGUCACGACUCAGUCGCUACCCGACUGCCUCGCUGUGUUUGUCGCAGACAUGUCCCGACCCUGGACCAUCAUGGAGUCACUACAGAAAUGGGCCAGUGUGCUUCGUGACCACCUGGACAAGCUAAAGAUCCCUCCAGAGGAUAUGAGAGAGAUGGAACAAAGAAUGGUAAAAAUCUUCCAGGAGUACACAGAGCCAGAGGACGCCGCCCCAUCCUCCCCACGGCGGGCCCCGACAUUGGGGGAAGACGAGGCUGUUGUGCUUCCGCUUGGAGACAACACACUCACACACAACCUGGGCAUUCCAGUGCUAAUAGUUUGCACAAAGUGUGAUGCGAUCAGCGUGCUAGAGAAGGAGCACGACUUCAGAGAGGAGCACUUUGAUUUCAUUCAGUCCUGCAUCCGCAGAUUCAGCCUAGAAUACGGAGCUGGCCUGAUUUACACGUCAGUCAAAGAGGAGAAGAACCUGGAUCUGCUUUACAAAUACAUCGUACACAAGCUGUAUGACUUCCAGUUCACCACACCUGCCUUAGUGGUGGAGAAAGACGCCGUUUUCAUUCCGUCUGGAUGGGACAAUGAGAAGAAAAUUGGGAUUUUGCACGAAAACCUCACAACAGUUCGACCAGAUGAUCCAUUUGAAGACUUCAUUACAAAACCGCCAGUACGGAAGUUGGUUCAUGACAAAGAGAUAAAUGCAGAGGAUGAACAGGUGUUCUUGAUGAAACAACAGUCUUUGUUAGCAAAACAACCAGCAACACCAACAAGAGGAUCAACAGAGUCCCCAGGACGGACAGCCUCAGCGUCUCCCAGGCCUGCAGGUCGUGCUGGACAACCGAGCGUAUCUAGCGGCUCACCAAUGGCUGCCGUCAAAAAGCCUGACCCUAACAUGAAAGCGGGUGCUGCUAACGAGGGAGUGCUGGCCAACUUCUUCAACAGUUUGUUGAGUAAAAAGACAGGAUCCCCCGGAAGCCCUGGAGCUGGAGUGGUAGGAGCUGGAGUUCAAGGAUCUGCUAAGAAAACAGGGCAGAAGCCGGGUUUGACUGACGUCCAGGCCGAGUUGGACAGGAUGACUCGCAAGCAAGACUCUGUGGUUUCAGCUAACAACGUACCGCCAGCAGAGAACGAAGCGUGAAAGUAACAAAACAGCUACAUCGUCCACCGCGUUAAUACCCUGGACAAAAAAUAUACAUGUACAUGUGAGCGUAAAAAAAGCAUUGACCAAUUUCCCAACAUCUGUAUCAGUCAGCACACACCAUGGGUUUCACCAAACGUGUUUCCGAUGUGAUCAGAAGGUGAGAUGGGAAGAGAGGAAACAGAGAUGGAGAUGGGGAAGUGCUGAAGGCUUGGCUUUAUUUCUGUCCUCUCUUCCACUGUUAACGCUAUUUUUGUGAGGGAUGUCAGUUUAUGGAAAUGUGUGCACACUCCCUGGCAGCCUGCGUGAUGCUUUGGGCUGUAGCUCCCCCAGUUCCUGGGGGUAAAACACUCUCCUCAAGGAUUAGAAGAGUGAUGCCAUACUGGUCUUGUGGCCUCAGGUUCAGCCUCUCUACAGAAGGAAAUUUAUUGUGAUUGGAAAAGACAUUUAAACAUAAAAUUUUGGAGGAAAGUAAUUAAAAUACUUGCAAACGUAUGUUGUUUGUUAGAAAGAAUGUUUGAUAUGAUGUAUUUAUACAAAGGUUCUCCUUUUUUUAUUGUUUUCUGCACCAUUUCUUGGUUUUUCUGGAUCACGUAACAUGUUAAAAUGUCACUGACAUCAUGACACUAAUGCCACACGUCCAGAUCGCUGGUAGCUCAUCAGAUCGUUGGCCCUCAUCAUCUUGAAGGAUUCUGCAGAUAAAAGUGCAGAAAUGAUAUUCAGGUUAACUUAAUUUUGUACAAAACACAUUUCAGUCCAGACUGUGGAAAUGGCCUGUUUGUCUAAACGAGACUGGGCGGGAUUGGACCGACUGGUUGUAUCAGAACUGCUUCUUUAGCUACAAGUUUGUAUAUUUUGGGAGAGGGUUGGACAGCAUCUUUCCUACUAUACUCCUAAGUGCCUCGCACAGUUAGCUGUUUGUGUCCUAGUGGAGGUGCUGGUCUACACGAGAGGAAAAGCACUGUAGCACGGCUGGCUGAGACGUUUUUGUUCAUUUCUUGACAUCCAAAUAAUUUAUUUUGUUUUUACAUUUUUCGUCGUGCACAGAAUCCUGUGGUCUGUUAUUUUUCGAGACGAGGUCGCUGUGACCUUGUUGAUGAGGCAUGAUAAUAGCCUAAAUGCCUUCACACAAACUCGAUUGGCUGCUGAUAUCAAGAAGAAACCACACUUCUUCCCUGUCCCCUGGACCUGCUGUGGUUUAGCCACUCACCAGCAGCCAAUCUCCACUCUGAAAAGCUGCUGUUUGAACAAAAGACAGAUAUUCUAUCCUUCAGUGUUGAACAGCACUUUCUUUUGUUACUGCAUGUCAGUUAAAACAUUCCCAGUUUCUACGUGAAGUAGGAGUAGAAAUGCAUCCCUGUAGGAAACCUGUUUGUCUAGUUGGGUCUUUUUGUUGCUUUAGAGUCCGUUUAAAACCACAACCUUUGCCUUGGCUGUACAGCUCCCAGCUCGUCUCACUAGGCACCCUGCCUUCACAGGGAAGCUCCUAAUGUGUGUCCUUAAGGGGUUGCUUGAUUGUAUUAUGCUGUUUCUCUUUCUUUACGUUUGAAUAGCAGCAGCUAUACUGUACCAUAUCAUAAAAUCUGUAACAGUUUGACACCGUUGUCUAAAUGAAUAAAGCGUACAGUCAUCCGCUGUGUAUGCAAAGCUCUGCUUAAUCCUAUGGAAAUAUACAUGGUAGUGUUUUUUUUUAUUUUUUUACAAAAAUAAAUCAAGUCUUAAUUUAAAAACAGCAGCUGUUUCAGAAAAAAACUGGUGUAAAUUGGGACACUUAACCAAAGAUGCACAUGAGAUAUUAUCGCUUCCAUAAGAUUAACCAGUAGCGUCUUGUUUUCGUCCUCAUGCACGGAGCUCUUGCAUUCCACUCAUCAGACUCGCCUUUAAAGUUUUCUAACAUCCUGUAAACAUCUGCUCAACCACAUCUGGGAUUUCAGCUGGCAGAAAAAACUAAAACUACUUGAUUUUGUUGCUGUUUAUAAAGGCUCUUCCAUCAGAAUUUACCUUUAUUUUUGAAAUAUUUGAGUUGUAAGAGAGUAAAGCCGUAAUGCUGUGGUUUCUGUUUGUUUUGCUAUUAUAGCCCUUCUUCAUUUGCUGUUGAAUUGGUUCAAAUGAAAGCACUUACUGUUGUUUUACAUCAGAAGUGGAUGAAGCACAAUUUAUGAGCACCCACGUGUUAGUGCUGCAUGUACAGAUGAGCACUUUUUGAUAGUUAAAGAUACAAAAGGCAUUUUUGUUAUUUUGCUAUUUCAAAUAAUUAGAAAUGAGCAAAUCUAACAUCACACGCCCCUUUUGUUUAACAAUGAAAAAACGUCUAGUUGUUUUUAGGAGAUUUUGAAAAUACAAUUUCAUAUUUGUCCUGCUCACAAAUUUCCUGUUUGUCUAUAUUUAAUUGAUGUUACCUACCUGGAGGCUUUUUUUUCUGGUUAAACUUUUCUCUGACCUGGCUGACCUUCCUGAUUUGUGUUAAUGUUGCUGAGUGGAAUGAAGUGCUCUUCUGCUUUGUUUUUCUGGUGUCAGAGUUGCACUCUCUCUAUGGAGAAUGGAUGAUGCUCCGGUUAUUGAAUAAUGAACACAAGUUGACUUUUGUACUCAAACGUGAGUUGAACGCGUCUGCCUCCUCACAUCCUGAUGCUAUGGCCGUCAACCACUACUGACUGUCUACAUCUAUGAGACAACGAGCUUCUGCUUCCAGUCCUUUUUAUAUGUAGGAUCUCAAGACAUUUUAAGUAAAUGGUCGGCCGCAAUUUUGUGUCCUGGAUUACGUCAGAAGUUUGAAUGUCUUUAACACAAUUCUGUAGCCUCUGAGCUGCCAUGUGGAUUCUAGCUUCUUAUGCCGACAAAGAUGAGGAAAAUAUUUAUCCGACCCCUGGCUUCAAUAAAACCAAGAAUACAA